AUGAGCCUCUCUGAUCCUGCCAGUAACCUGACCACCGGUGUGCCCCGAGACUCCCUGACCGUGGCCUUAGUGAAGAAUUUGUUCACUGUGGUCCUCAGCAUCUCCAUCAUCUUCAUCAAUGGGACGUUGAUCCACACCUUCAGACAGCACCAGGUCCUAAACUCCAACCCACGCUACAUCCUCUACAUCCACCUGGUGGCCAACGACAUCAUCCUGCUCACAAUGAUCACACUCUUGCUGUUGAUAAGCUACACACUUCUCAGAGUCAACGCCUCCAUCUGCAUGUUCAUGAUCAUUGUCGCAGUGCUCGCCAACUUGAACAACCCUUUCACUCUGGCUGCCAUGGCGCUGGAGUGCUACGUGGCCAUCUGCUUCCCGCUGCGCCACGUGCAGAUCUGCACCGUCAACAACACCUACGUGGUGAUCGGACUGGUGUGGGUGAUCAGCUCGCUCACCAUCCUGCCAGACCUCUUUGUCGUCUUGGCGACAGAGUCUCUGGACUUCUUUCACUCUGGCAUUUUCUGCAUCCGAGAUAAAAUGUUCCGGAGCCCAGAGCUGAAAGAGAAGCGGGACAUUUCCUUCAUGGUGCUCCUCGUCCUUGUCUGGCUCACUCUGGUCUACGCCUACUUCAACAUUCUGUGUGCAGCGCGUGGUGCCACCAGCGACGCCAGGAAAGCCAGGAACACCGUCCUGCUUCAUGGGUUCCAGCUCUCGCUUUGCAUGCUGAACUACACCCACAGCCACAUCACCAGCGGACUGAUCGCUCUGUUACCACAGGCCAUCACAGACAUCCUCUUCAUCACCAGCAUCCUGCUCCAGGCGCUGCCAAGGCUGGUCAAUCCACUCGUCUAUGGUCUCAGAGACAAAACCAUCCGCAAGUGUGUGAAGAGAAGUCUGUGUGGUGCUGGAAGAGACGGCGCCAUCCAGAGGAAAGAUGAAGAGAGGCCUGCAGGGGGCCACGCUCGCUGA